UGCCCGUCAUAGAACACUUGGUUGAUAGGUUACCCCACGUAGGCGCGGUCGGAGCAUAUUUGAAUAAGUAAUCUUGAAAAAUAUUAUAUUUCCGGGGUUCCUAGAGUCACGUAGAUCACUCUAGAUAUGCUUUCACUCGUGCCGCGGGCUGCCCAGGGCGCUAGUCGUGCCCGAUCCGGCAGGGGAGGCGCCAGGCAUGGGCUGCGGGAGCUCCUUCGCUGUGUCACCGCCUAAACCUGUGCAAAUCAACGUCAUAGAGCCAACCAGUAUAUUUGUGGACACUGCAGCACAAGGUGAAAGCCAAGUCCAGUUUGAAAGGAAGCUUUCCUUAUCCGUCAAAUACCAUCAAGGGGGACAAACAGUUUCAAGUUCAACGCCUAACUUCUCCAAGGAAAGAGUAGCGGAGUCAAGUCCAACCACGUCUUCCUUACAAAACAGCCAGGAAGAAAAUAUGGCGUCAUCACAAGCAGCAGACAUCAUGAUCAGUGGGGACGGAAACGACCGGGACUUCAUUAAUUUUUUGUCCAGAGAGUUGUGUAGAGAAGGACUGAUGGUGUGGAAUGAGGGAAGAAAAGAACCCACAGCUGGGUCCAACCCCUCUCUGCGAGCACAGGCCAUAGUAGAAGCAAAGGCCUUCGUCAUAGUGUUGAGCAGCAACGCGGUUCGGUCUCAACACUGCACUGACGAGGUAUCACUGGCCUACAUCUCCAACAAGGCCAUGUUCCCUGUGGCUAUGGAGUCCUUUGAUAAGAUCUACCGGGAUCUGGAUUUUGGCAUGAAGUUGACACUUGCCAAGCUGAACUGGAUGUUUUUCACCAAUGACGAGGAGUGUCAGAAGAGCUUGCCCACUCUGGUCACCACCAUCAGAUCCUCCCUCAACAUCCUCUCACAAACAGACGGAGUCGUGUCCACAUACCAAGUCAGUCAGCUGUACGUCAACGACAAGGAGAAGACGCAGGAGGCCACGCCCGGAUUCUGGGAGCGAAAGUUCGGAAACGUGAGGACAAACAUUCCUUGGGUGGAAUUCAAGAAGGCAUUCCAGGAGGAAUACCAGCACAAGCUUGAUAAACAUUUUCCCGGAAAACAACAAGAGUUUUUGAUGAGACUCAUCAAUAAGGACUUGCUUGAUGGGAGUCCGCGGUUUCAUCGGGAGGCGUACGAUAAUUUCUGCGGGACGCAGGUCAACAAACCCCAUGGGUUUUAUAGCAGACUGAAGGAGUAUUGCGGCAGUAAGCACGCCAUGAGGGAGGUCUUUAGUAUGGACUCCACGGUCCGGUUGUCGGCAAUACAGAAUCUGGGCAAAUUUAAGACACCUGGUGUGGUGUCUUCUCUCAAGAAGCUCCUUGUAGAUGAAGAUCCGAACAUCCGGGCUGUUGCAUCCAUUGCACUGGGCAAGACAGGCACGUGUACACCGGACAUAGUGGAAGCACUGGUCAACCUUCUGAAGGAUGAAGACAGAUUGGUACGUGAGAGCACGUGUGUGUCGCUGGGUUACCUACAGGCCCAGGAUGCUGUACCCCACGUCAUUAACGCUUGGAGGAAUGACCCCAUCUCCCAUGUCCGAGAAGCGGCGCAGGCAGCCCUGCGUGUGAUUGGUGGAGAAGAGGCCAACCAAGCCGUCCACAUCACGCAGGUGCUGACCAGGGAGAUGAACGACCUGGCCAAGUGAUCUUUUAUUGUCCAGUGAAACAAAAACAUGCCUUAAAGUACCAGAGUUAAAACCAGGAUUGAUGUACAGGAUUGAUGUUCAAACCUAGGAUUGAUGCUCAAAAAUUUGUAUUUUCCCAGCAGGACUAUGAUAGAGUGGAAUUCGUUAUCACUAAGCACAGGAGAGGCAUCUUCGUUUGAUAGUUUUAAAGAGCAUUUACUGAUAGUGUAAAAGCUAGGUCUAAUAGGUCGUUCAGUGUAAUAUAACCAGCUACUACCAUGCCAAGUGCCUGUGAAGCUGGUGUGUUACGCCGAAUGGUGGUUAUACCGGGUAUAUAGAUACAGAAUGAUAUAGAUACAGAAAACUGUAUAAAGUGGUACCAAGGCCAGGCGCCUAAGCAUUUGCACAUUCAAAUAAUACUUGUAGUACACAAUUUACAAAAAGCGUUUGAAGCACUUUUCAAAGACGUGGGAAUCUUCGGAAAAUUGCAAUCUUUUAUUCAAGGCUAUCAAAUUUUUGUCACAGUAUAUGCCUGCUCUAUGUUUUUAAGUCAAAAUAUUGUGGGUAGAAACAGGCACCAAACCCUCUCCCAAUGCAGGUGUUUGCCACUUUGCAUAUAAGACUACAUUUUUCAUAAGGUGUACAUGUCUUGCAUAGGGCUUUGUGCAUUUUUAUCAAGAUUUGUAUGUUUUAUGUGAUUCAGGUGUUUUUCACUAUGCUUUUCGUAUAAUUUGUGAAUACUUAGCCACCCUGUGGAUAAUAACAGGUAUAGAUUUAUAUCAAAAGGUAUAUAAAUUGAUAUCUAUAAACCAGCUGAUGAAUACUGGGUAACGUUGUAAAAUAAUACAUAAUAUUAUACAAGUAUUGUGGUAAUACACUGUUGUAUAAAUACAAAGUCUUAGACUCAGAUCAAAAUUAUUCUAUCCAUCACGUAUUCACGUCAAUGAAGUUUAGACAUACAGGUCAAAGAUAUGCCAAAAAGCAGUUACUCAAGCAACUGGAUAUGAUUUUGGAAACGGUCAGAUGCUUUAGACAACCAGUCUUUCAUCAGUGACACUGGAGAAGUCUUGUUCAAGAGAUUUUUUAUAUCCUAGCUAUGAAUUGAUAUGCAAAAGAGAUUAGUUAUCUAGUUCAUGGUGUCUUAAACAUUUUCAAAAUCAUAUCCAGUUUCUUGAGUAACUGCUUUUUAAUGCAGUAAGUAUUUACUUUCAUGGAACUAAACUGUACAACGACUAUUUUGUCAUUUUGUGAGCAGAAUUUUCCCCCCGAUGUAUAGGUAAGAUUGGUACAUGUGGGAACACAUUGUCAGGUGUGAAAUAUUGUUCAGUUUUUGACCCUGUAAUGUUAGAAGCUACUACUUUGACUAUGGCAUCAUAUAUUUUUGUACAGUGUCAGGUAUUCUGUAAUUUUAUGAGUAGAAUUCUACACCAGAUUUGUAACUAAAAGUGUUAUGAAGAAGACAUUGUGCCAGUAUUCAAUAACGUUCAAAGUUUUUAAUUUUUAAGUGUUUUAUGUUCUUGGUAGCUACAUGUGUACUGCUGUGACAGAGGCAUCAUAUAUUUUUGUACUGUCCUGUUUUAUUUUUGUGCUUGAAUUUUUGUGUGUAUUAUAUGCGACUAAUGUAGUGUCAUUUUCUUAUUUAUAGAAAAGAAAUGUGUGUUUUUGUAGCGGAUUGGCCCACGAUAAAUCAGGUAAUCUCAUUAAUAUUCAUUAACAAGGCACCCGUAAAUACGUAAAAGGUUUUUCUGAGGCUGGAAAGGCGGAAUUGAUAUCGUAAAGCAUUGCUGCAAGAGUCAACCUUGUGUGGUAGCAUUGUACAUGUUGUAAGUCUAGGAAUCAUGGUAAGCGUCCUAUAUAAUACUGUACAGAUUUUACAAGAACUAUGUGUAUUUUUAAAAAUUAUUUGUAUAAGAGUGUACUUGCUAUUCUACAGAAUACAAAGAUUCACCUGGGCAAAA